AUGAUAACAAAUAUAAAUGAACAGGUUAAGUGGAUCAAACGAACGAAACCAUAUAUAAUACCUACUAAUAAACUUGAUCUAAUAAGAAAGAAGUACCCCAAAGAUGCUAUCACUCCAACUUCAACACCAAUCACCAACAAUGGUGUUGUUCAAGUUCCAAAUUCAUUACCACCAUCAUCUAUACCUACUCCAGAUAUACCAAGACAACUACCGCCAGAACCACAACCACAACCACAGCCACAACCGCAGCAAUCUAUGAAUACUGCUAACAAAGAGAAUAUGCUCAGUUCAUUUACAUUUACUUCUUCAUCGAUCUCAUCAAAACCACCAUCUCGUCAGAUCCAAUCUACUUUACCGUUAAGAAAAAUACCUGCUAACGAAAUGAGAUCUCAGAGGCUUGGUACAGUGUCUCAAACAAAAUCAUUUUCAUUGACAUCAUUAUCGUCAUCUACAUCUACAGCUCAAGCUGUUGCUGCGGUAGAACAGCCACUGGUAACAGCGACUACCACUCAGUAUAUUGAUUUAACACUGAGUCCUGUCAAAGAUACAACUAGCCCAAUUGUUUCAAGAAGAAGACCACCACCAGUGAUACCACCAGAAACCCCACCGACUGAGAAGAACGGUCAAGUACUAGCCAAUGUAUCAACAUAUCAGAAACUAUGUCAAUUACAAGAAACGAAAAUCAAGUUACUCGAAGAGAGAAUCCAUACUAGUGAAUCAACACUGAUAUCAAUGGACGAUAAAACUGCCAUUUAUGGUACUUUGGAAAAACAAAUCAAAUCUAUAGAAAAGCAAAUCAAUGUAACAAAAUCAAAUAUAGGUAAUGAAAGUUCAAUCAGCCUAACUGAAUCAGCUAGCAUUACUAUUCUGUCACCUGAAUUUAGAACACCAAUAGCACCUCCAAGAAGAUUAGCUGAAGCAAGACAAAUAGUGGCGAAUACUACUAAUGCUGUACCGGAUUUUAAUGAUGAAGAUGAAAUUGAAGAUCAUUUUGGAAGUGACGAGAAUUCUGGUUUAUUUACACCGACUCAAGCUCGUAAUCGUCGCAGUGAUGGUGAAAUAGAUAAUGGAAGUGAUUUGGAAAGUUUUAUUGUUGAUUCCUGUGAAGAAUUUGAAAGCGAAUCGGAUGAUGCCUAUGAUGAUGAAAAUGACGAUGAUGUAGUCGAUGAACUGUUUGAUAUUAGACUUUCGCAAGAAACAGCUCAAAGAAUGAAUAUCACAUACGGUAGUCAAUUACCAUCAAGAAUUCCACAUUUUGUUUCACCAACAAGAAAUAAACCAAGUACACGAACAAGAUCAAUUGCUACUAUUGAAGAAAUUGAUUCAGAAGAUGAUGCUAUAGAUGCUAUCAAUGAGGAUGAUGAACUUGAUGAAAUCGAUGAUAUUGAAGAAAUCACUUUCCCUAAUGUUGAUUCUGUUGAUGAUCCAAUUGAAGUAGACGAUAAAAGUUGUGAUCCCCCUCAUCAUCAAGAAGGAGAAGAAGAUGAAGGAGAGGAGGAUUCAGAAGAAAGUAAUCAAAUCCUAAUAGAUGAUUACAUGACUCAACUCAAUCAAGAAAGAGAAAUUGUGGAUUUCAUUGAAUUAUCUGAUGAUGACGACGACGAUGAUGAUGAUGGUCUGUCCCUUGAAAAACCUCUACCAACUAAUCCACCACAACUUCCUCCUAUUUCAACGGCUCCAAAAGCAUCAUUUGAGAAUACUGUAGUCCCAGCUAAUGAAGAUAUCAUUGAAAUUUCCGAUAGUGAUGGAUUUUCUGAUGAUGAUGACGAUUUGGUAGAUUAUUUCCGAGACCAAAGACGUCCUGCUGGUUCAGAGCCAUUUAUUGAUGAGGUUUAUAAAGUAUUGGAUAAUACUUUUAAAUUAAAAGAUUUCAGAUCAAAUCAAUUAGAAGCCGUGUGUGCAACUUUACAAGGUAAAGAUGUAUUUGUACUUAUGCCCACGGGUGGAGGUAAAUCAUUAUGUUACCAGUUACCGGCAUUGAUUAAGAGUGGUAAAACUAGUGGAACCACGGUAGUCAUUUCCCCGUUGAUAUCUUUAAUGCAAGAUCAAGUGCAGCAUUUACAAUCUAAAGGAAUUAAAGCCGGUAUGAUUAGUGCACAUGGAGCUAAGGGAGAUAACAAACAUACAACGAAUCUAUUCCGAGAAGGUUUUCUUGAUAUUGUUUAUUUAUCACCUGAAAAGGCCAAUAGAUCUGGACAUACUCAAAAGAUCAUUGCCAGAUUAUAUAAAAAUGAUCAGUUGGCCAGAGUUGUUAUUGAUGAAGCACAUUGUUUAAGUUCAUGGGGGCAUGACUUUAGACCAGAUUAUCAAGGGUUAAAAUUUUUCAAAGAAGAAUUUCCUAAUGUUCCAAUUAUGGCAUUGACUGCUACAGCUAAUGAAAAAGUCAGAGAAGAUAUUUUACAUAAUUUGAAUAUGAAAGAUCCAAUCUUUUUAAAGCAAAGUUUCAAUAGAACGAAUUUAUUUUAUGAAAUACGAUUAAAACAACGUGAUUUCUUGAAAGAAAUUAAGGAUUAUAUAAUGGAGAAACAUCCAAAUCAAACGGGUAUUAUUUAUUGUCAUUCUAAGCAAUCAUGUGAACAAACAAGUGCCAAGUUGAAUGAAUAUGGAUUGAGGACUUCAUUUUACCAUGCUGGGAUGAGUACUGAGGAUAGAUAUAAGAUUCAAACUAAUUGGCAAAAUAAUAAAAUUCAAGUGAUUUGCGCUACUAUAGCCUUUGGUAUGGGGAUUGAUAAACCCGAUGUGCGAUUUGUUAUUCAUUUAUUUCUUCCUCGAUCAUUAGAAGGGUAUUAUCAAGAAACUGGUCGUGCUGGUAGAGAUGGCAAGCAUUCUGAAUGUAUUAUGUAUUAUAGUCCUAAGGAUGCACGAACUUUAAGAACAUUAAUUCAAGGGGAUGAGCAAUUUAGUGAAGAUGUUAAGGAAGGUCACUUGGAGAAAUUGAGACAAGUUGUUCAAUAUUGUGAGAAUACUAUUGAUUGUCGUAGACAACAAGUUUUACAAUAUUUCAAUGAAAGUUUUAAUCCUGCGGAUUGUAAUAAAGAAUGUGAUAAUUGUUUGAAUUUCAAUCAAGGUGAAAUUGUUGAGCGGGAUUGUACCGAAUAUGCUAGAGAUAUCAUUAGUCUUGUUAAAUCUAUUCAAAGGGAUAAAGUUACUGUGAUACAUUGUCAAGAUGUCUUCAGAGGAAUGAAGUAUAAAAAGAUUGUUAAUCUUCACCAUGAUGAAAAUGAGUAUCAUGGAAAGGGUAAAGCACUAGAUAAGAAUUUAGUGGAACGAAUUUUCUUUAGUUUGAUCAAUGAAGGAUAUUUAGUGGAAUAUAUUGUUAGGAUGAAAAAAUCAAAAUUUGGUACAACCUAUGUUAAAGUUGGUAAGAAUGGAAAUUUGAGAAAUAAGAAAAUUAUGAUUAAAUUUAAUGUCAAACCUAAAACGACGGCAACUGGUGGUAAAAAGUAUGCACCAAAGGAUAAAAAUACAUCAAAAAGUACAACAGCUGUUUCACCAUAUUUCAAUGGUACUCAAACCAAAAAUACUCAAAGUAAUAGGAGAGGGGGAACUACAACUAGGAAAAGAACCAGUACUCAAAGAGGUCAACGAUCACAAGAAGGUAAUAAAAGAAGAAAAACUGGUAGUAGAAAGCCAUCACAGUCAUCAGCUAAAUCCAAUAAGGCUACUUCUGCGAUGCCUUUAUAG